AUGGACUCCAACGUGCAGGGGACGUUCCUGCUCAACAACCCUUCUCUGGCCCCUUUCCCGGAGGUGAAGGCCCCAAUGUGCCAGUACGCAGUGCAAAACUCCUUCUACAAGAUCAGCCCCACGGGGCUCAGUGCCCAGCUCGCUGCUGGCACACCACACGGCAUCAGUGACAUCCUAAGCAGGCCGGUGGCUGCUCCAAACGGCAGCCUCCUGUCUGGCUAUUCCCAUGUCGGCGGAUUCAACGGACUGGGGGCCCAGAGCAUUUACUACGGGUCCCAAGUGGCAAACUUCUCCAAGGCAGGGAGCGAAUACACGGCCAGGGGCAGAAACUGCUGGGCAGACACGGGGCAGGACUGGCACGGAGGUCGAGCGUGUGGCAACUCCACAGGGCACGUGGGUGACAGCCUCCACAAGAAGAAACACACACGGCCAACCUUCACAGGCCACCAGAUCUUUGCACUGGAGAAAACCUUUGAGCAGACCAAAUACUUGGCUGGGCCUGAGCGGGCACGACUGGCAUAUUCCCUGGGCAUGAGUGAAUCCCAAGUGAAGGUCUGGUUCCAGAACCGUCGCACUAAAUGGAGGAAGAAGAGUGCCCUGGAGCCUUCUUCUUCGUGCUCUCCCCGCGCAGGGGCCGGGCCGGGGGAGCGCGCCGUCUCUGACGACGACGACGACGAGUACAACAAACCCCUGGACCCUGACUCGGAUGAUGAGAAGAUCCGCCUCCUUUUGCGCAAACAUCGGGCGGCCUUCUCCGUGCUAGGCCUGGGCACUCACAGUGGCUAA